AUGACAGACUCGCCUUGGUCAAAGGGCUCCUGGCUCAACGCUCCUUCUCAAGUUACAAUUGAUAACGAUAGACUUAAGAUCACAACUGAUGAAAAAACCGACUUUUGGAGACAGACAUUUUACGGCUUCACGCGUGACAGUGGCCACUUCUUUGGCAUAAAGACGGGAAGUAGCUUUACAGCUGAGUUGAGAGUUCAAGGCUCAUAUGAAUCCCUUUAUGACCAGGCAGGAAUUAUGGUUCGCAUUGACUCUAAAAAUUGGAUCAAGGCUGGUAUAGAGGUAUCAGAUGGUCAAAAAAUGCUAAGUAGCGUGCUCACCACCGGAGUUUCUGAUUGGACAACAGCUGUUUAUAAUGGCAACGCAUACGACUUUUGGCUGCGUGUAACCGUUGAGAACGGUGUUUUGAGACUUCAAGUUUCUUCCGAUAAGAAAAGAUGGCCACUUGUGCGCUUAGCUCCAUUCCCCUCUUCAGAAGAGUAUUUUGUGGGCCCUAUGGCCUGUACUCCCAAGCGCGGUGGACUGAACGUCACAUUCUCUGAUUGGAAAUUGACACCACCGCUAAAAAGAGAGCUGCACGAUUUAUCAUGA